UAAGCGCGAUAACUCCCCCGUCCUCAACCAAAUUUCCAAAAUAGCCCCAAGUCUUAAAUGCGCUUGCGCACACAUCCUCUCCGCUCGACGAUUUUGAUCAGACAGCAUCAACAGAAAAAUCACCUCCAAGUUGCAACCCAUUACGUGGAUUACUAUAUUGUACAGGUAUCGUUCCACCGGUCAUCGGUAUGUAUUAAACAUCUAGUGAAGCAUUGGAAGCGAAUUGGGCGUUUCCCUUGCCUCAGCACUUUAGAUGUCAGCAGAUUUUGCUGGAUCAAUAUUCAACAGCACCAUCCGCUAAUGGCGGCAUUCCAAACGUUAAACAAAAAGGGCUUUAACUCUACGUAUAAUUUGAUCAUUCAUAAUUAGUAAACGAUGUUAAUAAUUUACAAUCUCAGAUUCAAACAAAAAAAAAAAAAAAAAAAAAAAAAUUAAUAGUAAAAAAUUAUAAAUAUAUAAGCAAUUAAUAAUAAUAAUAAUGAAUUAUGUAUAUGUUAAACACAAGUUACACAGUUGUUUGUUUUAUAGAAACAUGCUCCGUGCAAAAAGGACUACAAAGUCUCCAUAUGCCAGGCCCGGCCGAGCUCCAGCUGCCACCAAAAAGGCCAAAGCAUCCAGGCCUACAAGCACCGUGACUCAACCGAACCAGGUCACCCCUGCUACAAGCACCGUGACUCAACCGAACCAGGUCACUCCUGACGCCAUACCUCCAGCCUUAUCAAACCAGCCUACAACUUCCUCAGGAAUAGACAUCCCUGACCCCUCAGAGUUUGAGGCAUCGCCAACAAUGCUUUCUCCAGUGCAACAUCGUCCCUCGUCAUGGCUUUAGAGAUCCUUCCAGGCUGCAAUCCAUGCCGACGAACUACAGAAUUUUGCAACAAGCCAUCGCUGGCAACUUCUGUUUACCCUCCAGGGUUGUCAGCACCAUAUGGCUCCGUUUCUGCAAACCGUAGGCGCCAAAUGCCAGAUUGAGGAUCGGCGCUUACUCAUUGACACUUGCAAUAAUACUUGAUCAUUGUCCAUUGUUUUGAUACCAUUGAUUUAUUAUGUAAUAACCUAUCUUAAACAAAAUAAAGCCAUGACAGAUACUGCCA